ACCUGCUCACUAAAUCACAGAUCAAGGGUCGAAUCUAGACACAAGCACCAAAGUUCGCUCGAUCUCCAAAGCAAAGCAUUUAUUUAAUCACCGCUUGCCGUCAUUGAUGCCGGUAGAGAGCUCAGUGCAUGUGGAGUUGCUUUAGAAGUACUUUGGUAAAAUAUUACUCUUGCCAACAUGACGGAGCAAGUUGCAGUUAAUAAUAAUUUGCUCAAUGGUAAACCUGAUCCCUAUGGCAUACGACAAAAAAAGCAACAUAACAAGGCGAUCGCCACCAACGUGACAGAGCAGAUCCAUCAUGUGUCUCGGGACAAGCGAGGGCAGGUUAUGGGCAUGCGCGGGGGCUUCCGUGGCUGCACCGUCUGGUUCACCGGUCUCUCCGGCGCCGGUAAGACGACGAUCAGCUUCGCCCUAGAGGAAUACUUAUGCCACCACGGCAUUCCAGCCUACUCCCUGGAUGGUGACAACAUGAGGCAGGGCUUGAACAAGAACUUGGGUUUCUCCAGCGAGGAUCGCGAGGAGAAUAUCCGACGUGUGUCGGAGGUCGCCAAGCUCUUUGCCGACGGCGGAGUGGUGUGUUUGAACUCCUUUAUCAGCCCUAACGCAAAGGACCGUGAGGCCGCUAAGGAGCUUCAUCAAAAGGGUGGUCUUCCCUUCUAUGAGGUGUACGUCAGUACGACUCUGGAGGUGUGCGAGGCACGAGAUGUCAAGGGACUCUACAAGAAGGCGAGGGCUGGCAUCAUCAAGGGUUUCACCGGUAUUGACCAGGAAUACCAGAUUCCCCAGAGUCCAGACGUCAAUCUCAACGCAGGCAGGGACAGCGUGGACCAGUGUGUAGAGAAGCUCAUCAAGUUCCUACGUGAAGAGGGUAUCAUUCCAGAGUCUGCUGUCGACAGCGUCAAGGAGCUGUUCGUCCCAGAGGAAGCCCAAGAAGCUGCCAAGAAGGAAGCCGAAACCUUGGACAACGUGGAGAUCAACAAGGUGGACAUGCAGUGGGUCCAAGUUCUAGCUGAGGGCUGGGCCUCGCCUAUGACUGGAUUCAUGCGAGAGAGAGAGUUUCUACAGUGUCAGCAUUUCAACUGCAUCCUUGACGGCGGUGCGAUCAACCAAUCAGUGCCGAUCGUUCUGUCCAUCUCUACGGAAGACAAGGACCGACUCGCUGACAAGAAUGCCUUCUCGCUGUCUUACGAGGGUCAGCGCGUGGCUAUAUUACGUUCUCCGGAGUUCUACGCUCAUCAUAAGGAGGAGAGAUGCUGCCGUCAGUGGGGGACUAGUAAUCCUGGCCAUCCGUACAUCAAGAUGGUAAUGGAAAGUGGUGACUGGCUCGUUGGAGGAGAUCUAGAAGUUCUGGAUCAUAUACGCUGGAACGACGGGCUCGAUGAGUACCGUCUAACACCCAAUCAGCUGCGGGAUAAGUUCCGUAAACUCGGCGCCGAUGCGGUCUUUGCGUUCCAGCUGCGUAAUCCCGUGCACAAUGGCCACGCCCUGCUAAUGAAUGACACUAAGAGACGUCUGAAGGAACGUGGAUACAAGAAACCUACUCUGCUGCUUCACCCUCUAGGUGGUUGGACCAAACAAGAUGACGUGCCUCUUCCAGUUCGUAUGAAGCAACAUCACUCUAUCCUAAGCGAGGGUGUUCUAGAUCCAGAUAGCACCGUACUAGCAAUCUUCCCGUCUCCUAUGAUGUAUGCAGGACCAACAGAGGUACAAUGGCACGCUAAAGCUCGUAUGGCUACUGGGGCGAACUUCUACAUUGUGGGUCGCGACCCCGCUGGUAUGCCGCACCCGGACGGUAAACGAGAUCUGUAUGAUCAUUCCCAUGGUAGAAAGGUGCUGACUAUGGCCCCUGGUCUAACCCAGCUAGAGAUCAUCCCAUUCCGUGUCGCUGCCUACAACACCAAGAAGAAGGCCAUGGACUUUUUCGAUCCGGAGAAGAAGGAAGACUUUGACUUCAUCUCGGGGACUCGUAUGCGCAAGUUGGCUCGAUCAGGUGAUAUGCCGCCAGACGGUUUCAUGGCACCUAGAGCCUGGGAGAUUCUCUGCAAUUACUACAAGUCGCUACCAUUGAAGUAAAAUGGUUAUACUGCCCUCUAACUGUUGAGAGAGAUGUGUUCAGAGACAUCUCUUCUGAAGUGAGAAUAUUUUCAGAGCCAUGAUUUUCCAUAUUUUUUAAAACUGUUAUAUGAGACUGUGACACCUGUUGUAUUUGAAUACUUCAAAUGAGGUGAAAGUUGACUUAUAUCAAGCGUCAGUGCAAAAACGUUGUGUCUAGAUUUCGCAAAAUUUGUGUCUCGCACAAAAAUGACAAUUUCAAUCUCAUGCGUAUGGAAAGUUCUAUUGCAAGAGAUGCAACAUUCUUGACAAUUUCAAUCUCAUGCAUAUAGAAAGUGCUAUUGCAAGAGGUGCAACAUUCUUGACAAUUUCAAUCUCAUGCAUAUAGAAAGUGCUAUUGCAAGAGGUGCAACAUUCUUGACAAUUUCAAUCUCAUGCAUAUAGAAAGUGCUAUUGCAAGAGAUGCAACAUUCUUGACAAUUUCAAUCUCAUGCAUAAAGAAAGUGCUAUUGCAAGAGGUGCAACAUUCUUGCACAGACACAUCGAUUUGAUCUUCUAAAUCCAGUAAAAAUUUGGAAAGUUUUAAUUCUCAUUUUGGGGCGGAAUGUCAAGUCUGAAUGAAUGGCUUCAGCUGUUGCUACGGCUGUUGAUAAGUCCUAUACUUUCAUACUGUCAUUGCAGCCAUUAUGCAUAGUCAUAGUCGAAGUCACUUGAUUCAGACUCAACAUGAUGUAUCUGAACAGCUUUUCUUAAUUGAUGACAAGACUGCCCUCGUGAGGUGACCUUUGAUGAGUCUGACCUCACCAUUCUUUUUAGAGUCUUUCUUCCAUUUUUAAAAGUUUAACUAUUUAGUUUAUUUAUGUACAUGUUUCUUCCAUGGAUCAACUUCCUCAAUAUUCAUAAUUCCAGUUAAUGUCAUUCCAAUGAAAUGUCCAAACACUUGACAAUGUCCUAAUGAAAUGCCGAACAAAACCUGAUGAAUUAAAAAAAAAGUGUCUACAAGCUACGCUUUAUUUAAAGUGAUUGCACCUGAACAUUCUUCAACGAUAAAGUGGUGGUCAUUUAAAAACUGAAACUGAAUUAUGGUCGUGGGAUGUACGUAGAAUAGGGGUACUGUUUAAAUGGAAAUUGUAGUAAAUUCAGAAAUUUUAGAAACAUGCUGCCUGCUGCUCUUCAAGAUGGUUAGUCGUAAAAAUAUUCAUAUUUUUGCGUCAGAAAAACAUAAGUGAGCAAUCACAGCCCACUGGUAAAGAGUGGUUCAAAGGUCGAAUCAAGUUUAGUGAUGCACUUAUUUGUCAAUGAGAAAUAGAGUCCUUGUGAAAAUGGAACAACAAAUUAGAAAACUUUAAUGGUUUAUAAUGCUAACUGUGUUUGAGGCAAAAUUUGACAACAUCAACAACAUUUGAUUGUAUUUGAGGCAAUUUUUGACAUCAACAACAUUCAAUAUCAUACAUUUUUGAAUCUGUGGGUUUUUAUAUUUUUUCAUACAGGAACAGUUUCUGUUCAUUCCAUAAUAUGGUGUUCAAUUAAACUGGCUUUGAACUUGACCUUUUGAUUUACCCCAAAAUGUUGUUUUGGACUGACAGACUCACUCAUUGUUGAUAAACAAAGGCACAAUGUUUCAUAAAUAUUGCUCUUAAAAGUUUCAUAAGGACUUUUACUGAAAAAUGAUAUUACAAAACUGACCAAAAUAUUUACCUUUGGACCGCCUUUUAAAGGAACAUGUUGCCUUCGAUCAGGCGAGUUGGUCUUUCUUUGAAAAGCGUUCUGUAACCAUUUGUUCU